AUGCGUCCGACCCAUGGUCCACCCCCCAAGCAAGCCACUCGCGACAAGCAGAUUCAUGUGAAGCUGGAUAUGGAUUUGCUUGAUCCAGAGAGUAUGCGAGACAAGGUGUCAUUUGAGGGCGCCAUAGGUCUCCUCGAGAGCCACCUCGUGAAUCCCGCCAUCGAUACGCAAAAGUUGCUGCAAGACAUCUUGGCUGUGCCUCGACUUCUUGAAUUGUUCAUAUCUUCCAUGUCGGCCGAAUCUUACAAUGUGCUCCUAGCUUGGUUGGAAGAUAUAUUCCCCUCUACCGCAGCGGAAUUCGACCUAUCGUUUCCCUCGACUCUGCUGCAGGAGCUGUCAUUUUUCUGCGGUUCUCUGCAGGAUCCUGCUCUUGAUCAUUGUCAGCGCACAAUGAAGCUGGCGCGUCCUGUUCUUAGUGCGCUAGCAACGAUCUGCUCUCUCGAAGAUAUCAAAGAGGAAGCUGAACCGCCCCAGGGCGCGCGCAGGCAGAAGCGUAUCUCGCAAAAGCAAGCGAAGAAGGUCAAGCGUGCUGAACGUCGACCAAGCAUCGAUGCCGGACCAUUCCUCAAGCUAGGGGUCAGUGUUCCUGCGAACAAGGGAGACGCCUUGACUUUAUCACAAGAAGUUCUGCGAUCUCAGAAAGCUGCUCUCAUGGCCUAUCUUGAGGUCCUACGAAAGCCUGAGCUUAUGAAACAUAUCCACGACUGCUACAUUCCGACCAUCGCACCUCCCGAAGAGCCGGCAAUCCCCACAGAAACCCAGUCCUCGAUGGAUAUUGAGACUACCUUCGCUACCAUCAAAGCGGAACCCGAUCUCCUCUCUGCCUACCCAACGAUGCAGCUGUUAAGGGCCGCGCUCGACCUCGACUUCCCGAACGAUUUCGGACUAUGGAAACUCUUCACAUCCCACGCGCCAAGAAGGACUUGCGCGACUCACGGAAGAAGGAUCCCAAACUGCUCGAUAUCAUCAUUAAAAAGCUGGGAGCUCUCACAUGGUCAUUUCUCUGCGAACAACCAGAAGUGUCUCGUUGGGUCUGGCAGUGGUAUCCCUAUUUUUGAGGCAAAGAUGACGGGCGACACUCGGCUUGUGUAUCGUGUGGAUUGCGAGUAUGGAUCUGAUGCUGUCAGGCAAGUCCUCCGUAUCUAUGGUAUAUACACCCACGCCCAAAUGCAUGGCCGUCGAUUCUGGGAUGCGGUCUCACGCUCGGGCAGGGGCAGUAAGGAGCACCGCAAACGAUGUGUAUACCGCAAUACUCCCCGGACACCGGGCAGCAACGUUACACCACCUGCAACGUGGCCUCCCCUGGAGGACAACGAGGACGAAAAGGGCGAGCUGCAACUCCCUGAUUUCAACGUCGAGGACGAACACGAGCUAAAUGAUCUGCUAUGUUCUGAGAAGUUUGUUCCGUUCUCUCAGGCUUUCCUGAACGGUACAUUCUCGGACAAAGAAGUUCAUCGCCCGUUCCACAUGUCAGUACAAGAACAAGCUAUCACUGAACAUCCUGGCUCCUGCUUUGUCCUUGGUCGUAGCGGUACAGGCAAGACAACAACGAUAGUUUUCAAGAUGAUUAACAUGGAGCGCGCGUGGUGCAACCUCAAAGAAGACCUCGCCGAGGCAACACCGCAGCUUCGGCAGCUGUUCCUCACCCAGUCGCGCGUCCUGGCCGAGAAGGUCGAGGAGUUUUUCAAGAAAAUGAUGCCCCGUGAGGAAGUCGAGGGCCAAGCCAUGCCGCCAUCUCCCCAGAUAGACAUACGCUCUUCCGGAGGCGUCGACUUUGAGAUGGUCGACAAGGACGAGGAAGAUCGGCAUCGUAGCUUGCUGCCGCAGAAGUUCUCUGAUCUGACCGACGACGAUUUCCCACUUUUCCUGACGUCAGAUCAGCUCUAUCGACUUCUCGCUGCCGACUUCAAUGAGCUAGUCGAUGCACAAGAGCGCGCCAAGAGAGAAAGACCGUCGAGAGAACAUCUAGAGCUGCCGGCGCAGGGCGAUCUGCAUCGUGUCCCCAAUCAUGCCAUCUCGUACUGGUGGAAAUUCCAGCAGGGGCUUACCAAAGGAUUAGGCGCAGCCGUCGUCCGUGUCAUCGAGGGAUCUGAGCGAGCUAUGAACAGUGUGGGCGACGUGCUCGACAGACAAAGCUACUGCGACACCAGCGAACGUGGGGCGGCCUUUAGCGGGCGGAGAGAGGACGUAUACAGUCUCUUCGAAGCCUAUUUGAAGGAGAAGAGAAAAGACGGACAAGCGGACAGUGCUGAUAGAACGCACGCCAUCAUCCACAACCUCCUGCAGUACGGUAUCCCUGGGCAGAAAGUAGACUUUGUUUACAUCGACGAGGUUCAGGAUAAUCUCCUGGUCUAUACAUUCAUCCUGCGGCUCAUUUGUCGAUGUCCGGACGGCGUGUUUUGGGCGGGCGAUACCGCUCAGACAAUAAGUGCAGGAAGCUCUUUCCGUUUCAAUGAGCUCAAGGCGUUCAUGUACCGCUUGGAGAAAGGAAGCAAAGCAUCAAACUACCGCACCUUUCAGCUCACAAAGAACUACCGAUCCCACGGCGAUAUUUUCAAGUGCGCGAACACGGUGGUUCGGCUUAUAACCAAAUUUUGGCCAUACACUAUCGACUUCUUGGAGGAAGAUAAGAGUACAAUUGACGGUCUUAAGCCUACGUUCUUCGGUGGUGGCAGUGGUGAGGCUCCUGAGUUUGGAGAGUUUUUGUCUGACGAGGGUGGCUGUACCAUCGAGUUUGGUGCGAGGCAGUGUCAACGUCCGAGACCCUGCCGCUCGCGACCGGUUGCGCUCAGAAUAGGGGACGUCGGCAUUAUCCUGACUCUGAACGAGAGCAAAGGGUUAGAAUUCGAGGAUGUUGUUUUGUACAACUUUUUCGCAGACUCUACGGUCGGCGCCUCGCAGUGGCGGCUCGUUCUGGCUGAGCUUUCGGACUCGGAGGGUCUCACCGUCAAAAGUCCUGUAUUCGACGAGAUCAAACAUCAUGGCCUUUGUCGCGAAUCGUCCUUGGCGCAGCUCAAGUCUCUCUAUGUGGCAAUUACUAGAGCCCGCUUGAACCUUUGGAUCGUCGACUACUCCGAUCAGGGCGAACCUAUGCGUAUUUUGUGGCAGCAUAAAGGUCAAAUAUCCACCUGGCACGAGCUGCCCAGCGUUGAGCGAGACCAGUUAACCAUGUUCGAGGUUAUCGUUUCUGAUCAUCAACAAAAUCUUUUAAUUCUCGGACGCAAAUUUAGUCAGUUACAUCCCGCCAGCACCAUUCGUUGUUUGGACCACGUCUUCUCUGCCGAAGCAAUAUCAUCUGGAUUCAAGUCGGAUGAUCCCGCGAAGAUCUGGUCCAUGCUCGAGGCCUUCUCGGUGUACACUCGCGCCCUGCGAUCCAUGGCGUAUUCGCACCAGUCAUGUGAUAAUCCCGACCUACAGAGGUUACUGUCGUUCUCAGUGACUGUACAAGGUGAACAGUACCAAGUCCACCCCGGUACCUUGCUUGCACAGGAGUUGGUCUGGAAGCCAUGGUUCGGGAAGCUGAAUACCACGUUGGAUCCUGCAGUGGACAACUUCGUCGUCGGGAAAUGGCUGUAUGAAGCAUUCUUUGAUCAUUCCCCGGAUCCGACAAUCGGCUUCGUACCUGACGGGUUCUUGACCGGACUCCUACGUUACAUGAUGCUGCACAGAAUCGCUAUGCGGACUGAUAGCCCUCCCUACGCACACAGGAUUCCUUGUAUCGCAGGUCCGCUCCCAGCCUGGUUACAUCGACAAGCCGAUGGCGUUCACAUCACGUAUGACCUAUUAUCUUUCUUCAACGGCCACCGUAGAGGCGUGCCAAUCUGUACCAGACUCCUCAAGCAUAUUCUGUGGUGGCGGCUUCCCGUAGAUGUUGCGAUACUUUGCGACUUCCUAGACACCGUAUCCUCGGCUCUCGUCGUCAUAUAUCGGGCUCGCACGUCGUUUGGGGUCCACAAUGUUGUUCUUCCUUGCAAGUGGUUGCUAAGUGUCGCCGGAUUGUUUCUCGACGAAUUCUUAUCGCAGAAAGAAGUAGGCCUGGUAUCUGACUACGUGCGAACCAUGGAAAUUCUUUUACGUCUUUAUACCAGGAACGAGAUAGGUCAUUUAUUCCCCACUUCUAACCCAGUAUCUCUGACCAGAAAUAUCUACAUCGCUCGAAUCUGCCAGAACUUGGCCAUAGUGGGAUGCAAUAUCCAGAAUCCGGACAUCAAGGCUGAAAUCUAUCGCAUUCUUCGGUCACUCGGUACAUCUAACGAGAUGAUCAGCCCGCACUGGUUGUACGAAAAGCUGGUUGCCGCAGUCCAAUGGGAAGAAAUCAUAGACGUUGUUCGAAAUAACUCCUUCGAGCUCGCCAUCGACGAUAUGAUACAACUCGCAGACCGUAGCAGGGUUGCGAACAUACCUCUUCCAGCUGGGAACCUCCGACGCGUAGUUUACGACCGUCCAGCCAAUAUUCCCAGCUUGCUCGCAUCUGAUGUAACAGGCCCGAGCUGGCCGAACCCUGUCGGAUUCCGUGCAGCGGUGCAACCGGCGCCGAUUACUGUUGCUCUCGGUGCGGGUUCAGAAACCGCUUUACCAGCUGCGACGAUAGGGUCUACGAUUCUACCAGCCCCUGCCGAAGAAACCCCUGCAGUUACAUCUCUGGAUGGCGAAAAUGGCGGUAGAGCAACGGAAGGUCCUGAUGAGGCGCCGGCCCAGUUUGCCUCUUACGCCGAGAAGGAGCUGGUGAUCGUGCGCAAGGCCGCCUUGGUAUACCUCGAAAGGACGCGACGACGGCUGCGAAUGAGCGCGUUUGGACCUCCGAGCGCGCUCGGCCUUCUCCGCGUGCGGCACUUCAACGAAUUUUUGGCGCAGUUGGCGCAGAUGCCCUGGUCGGGACCACUCCACACCUUCUACCGCAAGCUGUAUCUUGGGCCUGUCCCGCACAUUAUGGUCGCCUUGGACUGCGUCCUGGAGUACUUGCACGGGCGGAAGAGGAAGGAGACGAUGCGGCUUGGCGACAAGGGCGGUGACCAUCUCGAGCUGGACGCUAUCCAAGCCGAGGUCAAACGGUGGGACGAACUCUGUCGUACGGCGAUGCCUUUCAAGAAUUCUCUCGGCCCACAGUCCGAAAUACACAGAGAAGCGGACCGUCAACAGCUCGAACAGCUCGUUUCUGACGUCCAAAGUUUUAUAUUCACCAUACCUGGAGAUUCUGACAAGAGCUGGAAGGAUGACCUGGGCAUCGCCGUGAAAGGUAUUUUGAUGAGGAAGAAGGCGGUUGCACCCACCCAGCAACGUAAGUCGGAGUUGCGGGUGGAGGAUGACCUCAAUUAUGUCUACAUGCGCAAUUAG